AUGGAACACGACCCGACAAUGAACGAUCCAACAAUGGACCACCAGAGGAGAGGACCAUGGUCCCAAGCGGAGGACACUUUGCUCAUGAACUUGGUUACCCAAAACGGUGCCUCAAACUGGGUCAAGGUCUCCAGCAUGCUUCAAACUAGGUCAGCCAAACAGUGCCGGGAGAGAUAUCACCAAAAUCUAAAGCCCACACUCAACCACGAGCCCAUCUCGGCGGAAGAAGGAGAGCUCAUUGAGCAUCUGGUGGCCACUCUCGGCAAGCGAUGGGCCGAGAUUGCUCGUCGCCUACACAACCGAAGCGACAAUGCCGUCAAGAACUGGUGGAACGGAAGCCAGAACAGACGCAGACGCCACGACCAACGUUCCAGCAAAAGACGAUCAUCCUACGAUUCAAACGAAUCAUACAGGUACUCGCCAUACCGUACGCAUAUGCAACCGACUGAACCAUACUCGCCCCUUCACCGUCAACAUCAGCCACAGCCGCCGCGCCCACCGAUUGAGCAGUUACAUCGUCCAAUGUACUAUCACGACAGCAAUCAUGCUGCCGCCGCCGCCGCCGCCCUCCCAUCACCGACAGAUUCGUGGACUGGCGGCAACGGACAAUACCCAGGAUCACGUCCAUUCAGCCGGUGGAGCCAAGACGACUCCCAGUCUCCUGUUGGUGAGGCCGACAUGUCAGAAGCAGGCUCAAGCUAUGCCGGAUCCCCCACGAGCCACACUUCGGACGCGCACCUGCCGCCGCUGUGCGUGCCCCGGGAAUCUCGCUUGUACCCGGCCCAGCCUUCACCCUCGGGGUAUUUUGCGCGCGAGGAGUCGGCACACUGGCAACAACUGCCACCCAUCAGAGACGCCCUGGAUAGAGGCUCACACCUCUUGACGGCUCCGAGCUCUCCCGGCACCAUGCCGCUCUCAUCCCAACAAGUUCCUCGGACGUACUCAUAUCAGACGGGACCUCGUUCUCCCUCGAGCUCGAGGGAUCGUGGGGACUGGGCCAUGUGUGACACGAACACUCGCAUGCAUCCCAAUCCAGACCCGGCCCCGACCACAUUAUCGGCCCACGACUCAAAGAUGAAGAUGAAGUUGGGCAAUCUUUUGUCUUAA